AUUGUUCAGCAGCAUGGUUCCUGUUCACCAGGGCAAGUCCAAGCUCUCUCAACAUCCCAAUUCGCUUCCGAAGCUCAUAAGGAAUGUCUGCGCUCAGUGCCAUGGCUCCUGCCUCCGAUCCCCCUCCACCUUGAGCUCCUCUGUCGAUGAGAUUUUCGACAGCGAUCUCAGUCACAAAGAGUUGAUCAUGCUGGAGUUACAAGCAAGAGCAAUAAGGGCGAAGUGGAGAAAGCCUCAGGAGUUGUUCACAGGGAGGCUCACUUGGGCUGUGUCGCCGACAACGGGAAGAGUUUGCGUUGCGAGCACGAUAAGGGACAUAGGCAAUCAUGAGGAAGACAAGGAGGAGGAGGAGGAGAUCGGAAGUGAAGCAUUUUUCUCAGUGAAGAGCUGCUUCUCCUGCUGCUCGGUGGAAUUAGGAGCAUCAUUCUGUACUGAGCUGAAGGAUUACGAGUACUGGGGAAGGAAGCUGCCGUCGAUAUGGGAAGAGUUUAAGGGUUGCCAAGGGUGGCCUUUUGGGCUAUGCCGCAGAGCCGUGGUGGUGCUGCCGCCAUUGCCUGACUCUCCUUCAGAUUCUUGGACGUGGCACAAGAAGAACCUGCAGGCCACUAAGACCCCUGCGUAUACGGCUGUGCGUACAAUGAAUUGAUUACCAUUUACCAUUUGGAAAGCAAUAAGAUAGGAACAAGAAUGUCUUGGGAGUGUGGCAUGGUGAGGUUUUAUUGAUCGAAUGUGAUGAGACUCUAAUAAUCCUUGUUGGAUCAUGUGAUAGGUGUGGUAGAGGAGGGUGAAUAUCAAUUUUUUUUUUUUGCAAUGUUAGUGUUCAAGAGGUUAUGCAAUGGAACAUAAAUGAAAAA